GAAGGACAAUACCUUCCAUUGGAAAAUAAGGGACUAUCUUCUGCUGAAAUUGUUGCCCUAGAACAUAUUGAAUUGAAAAAGAAGGCUCGCUUGAUUCAAGUUUCGACAGAAGACCAAGAAGUCAGAUAUUAUCUGCGGCAGCUUGGUGAACCGAUAUGCUUAUUUGGGGAGGAUGCAGCUGAUCGUCGAGAGCGCCUGCGUCUUCUAUUGGCCAUAUCUGGCGGACCGGCUCAACGACCCGUUCUGAAUUCAGCUGAUGCGAGGACUUCCAACCUCAUCGCCAGAGACAACAAUACUGUGUGGUAUCAUCAAGGGCCAGAGGAAUUGAUAGAGGUUCGCACGUUUAUCACGAAGUACUCUCUUGUCAAAGCCAAACAGCGUCUCGCGAAGGCUCGAGAGUACUACGCCUCCGUUCCCGAGCCCCAGCGCAAGGCUCGUUAUCAGGAGUACUUGAAGGUCCUACGGAAUACAUCACUACUGUGCAGUCAAGUUGGUGACACCCGACCCCUGACAUGUUGUCGUUUCUCUCCGGACAACAAGAUGUUGGCAACCUCCUCGAUGAGUGGAUUAUGUCGCGUUUGGUCUGUGCCUGACGCUGAAAUGAAACUCAGUUUUCGUGGUCAUAGAUCUGGAGCUUGCAGUGUCGCCUGGCACCCUCAGGCUGGUCUUCAAUCUGAACUCAAAAUAGCUCUUGCUAGUUCUGCUCAGGAUGGUAGCGUAAAGCUCUGGAGCCUAGACAGCGAAGAGGCAGUGGCUGAUUUAAGUGGUCACGGACAUCACCGCGUCUCUCGCGUUGCCUUUCACCCCUCAGGUCGCCUUUUCGCUACAACUUGUUUUGACUCGUCUUGGCGUUUAUGGGAUCUGGAGUGUUGUACAGAAGUCCUACAUCAAGAAGGUCAUUCUAAACCAGUCUAUGACAUUGCAUUCCAUCCUGACGGUUCCUUGGCACUUACUGCAGGUCUCGACUCCUAUGGAAGAGUUUGGGAUUUGAGAACGGGGAGAUGCAUCAUGUUUCUGGAAGGUCACUUGGAAGAGAUGCUGGGAGUGGAUAUUGCCGCUAAUGGAUAUCAUGCUGCUACCUCCUCUUCGGAUAAUAGCGUGAGGAUUUGGGACUUGAGACAACAGCAGACUAUUUAUGUCCUACCCGCGCAUACCAAUGUGGUGAGCUCGGUGAAAUUUGAACGUAAGUUGGCUUAUUCAGUUCUGCUUCAUCUUUGGAGUCAUGUUAAUUAUUUUUUGCCAUCGACCUAG